UUCAGUUUGACACAGCCCUAUUUACUUAAUAUUUGUUUCCGUUUCUUGUAGUAUGUAGAAUGACCAAACAAUGUCUUCUUACCCAUUUAUAUUAUCUACUUAAAUGUAUUUGUAAAAAGCACAAACAUCUUUGUCAUUCAAUGCCAUUUACUUUAAAGUACAUUCCUGUUAAGAGGACGUAAGGAAUGAACUCGCACUCCUAAAACCAUUAUCUUAGUUGAAAAAAACCUAUCUGAGCCUUUAAUAAGGACAUAAUCACGAAAGUCUCCUGAAAAUAACAAUUUGAUUUAUGUAAUAGGAAGUCUCGCUAUGCAGUGCCAGGCUCUGCCUUCUUUGUAAACGCUGGCCCUCCCCAUUGCCUUUAAAGGACUAUGUACACUGGACUAAAUAUGGACAUGCACUUUUACAGGAUUUCUAAGAAUGUCCCAGGCACACAGUCCACUUUGAUGAUGUGAGGCUUGUGCAGUCCGCCACUGCUAUCCCGAUCUGGAAGGCAGCCUCCUCCAAGCCCGGCCUCUUCACACAGGGAUUGAUGCCUCUGGUGGCUUCUUGGUCAGCAGGACUGGACGACCGGACAUCCCCAUUGGCCUAUAGGAGCCACAAAUAACAACACCAAAGUUUCGUUUUUUAUUUUUUAACCGAGAUCUACUCAAAAUAACCACCAGAAUCCACAACAACAAUCACUUUUCAACAACUCAGGUUUUUCCUCUCUCUCCAUCGGAGUCCUACCGUCCACUUUCUAAACCACCAUGUCCAGCAGGAAGAUCAGAGGCUUGACCCGCACGGGGCGGCAGGUGAGCGAGGACCCGGACCUGGACAACCUGCUGUCCACCCUCUCCCCCGAGGAGGUGGAGGAGCUGGAGAAGGACAUGAUGAAGGCUCCCGACCCGGCCAGCGAGGCAGGGAAGCUCCUCGCCCAAGGGGAGAACCCGUCUGGCGGGGCCCCUCACUCUAAGGAGAGCGGUCGGACAGAGAAUGAUCCUAAGGGCAGGCUGGGUCCCAGGGAGCCGUUGAUGGAGGGUGAGGCCAAGAAGGAGAGCCGGAAGCAGGAGUGCCUGAGGACGACAGCCCUGAGCCAGGAGGGGAACGAAGACAAGAGGGGUGGACUACAGAGACAGGCCAGCGUCUCGACAGAGCGAGACGCAAAGCUGGACAGCACCAGGAGCAGCCGAGGAGGAGCGUUCGAGGGCUCCAAAGAGGAUUCCCUGGGCGUCUCCAGUAGAUACAGCAGGAGGAGUGAGGUGCGAGGAGACACCAAAGAGACAUGUGAGGACAGCAAAGUUCCAAAAGACAGGAGGGAAGUCCGCGAGAGCACAGGCAGCAAAACCAAAGACAUGAUCUCCAAGUUGCAGGAGAAGAAAGAAAAGGAGAGCCUGGAGAAAGAGAAGAAAGAGGACUCCAGGAGGAAGGAUGACAGCAAAACCAAAGACAUAAUAUCCAAGCUUCGAGAGAAAAGCGAGAGAGAAGGCAGCAAGGAGAAAGAGAGAAAGGAGGAGGUCAGAACCCGGGGACGUGUCUCCAUGUUGCUGGAGAAGCAGACUAAGGCAGAAAGCCAGAUAGAUGAGAAAAACGGUCGGGAAAAGGAUCAAACAAAAUUAAAGCUUGAGCGGCAAAAGACUGAGAGGGCUGAGGUUGACGGUGUUGAAUCGAGCGCCGAAAAGGUAGAGAAAAAGAAAGAGACUGAUGAGGAAGUGAAGCCAAACGAUAAGGCAAAAGAGGAGAAAAAAGUAAACGCACACCAUGACGUAGAGGAGACCCAGUGCAAGGAGGGCCGGGACGAGAGCAAAAACAACAAAGGUUCCAGAGCCAACAAGGCAGAGGAAAGUACGACUCUCAACAACUGUGACGGGAUCAAAAGUCCUAAGAGCAAGGGUGAGGAAGAGGAGGACGAGGACGCUAGCAUGUUCGACGAACAGAUGGAGCAGGUUCGAAACAAUGACCCAUCUCUCCUUGAGCUCAACGUCAAUAACUCAGAGGUCAUCAAGGUCAAAACACUCAUUCAGUUCGCCGAAGCGCUGCACAAGAACACAUGCAUAAAGACAUUCGCCUUGGCCAACUGCCGGGCUGAUGAUCACGUUGCAUACGCUAUCGCUGGCACUCUUCGCCAAAACAACACCAUCACCAGCAUAAACCUUGACUCUAACCUUCUCACCCCCAAGGGCAUAAUGUCCAUCAUCCAGGCUCUGCAGCGCAAUGCCACCCUGACUGAGCUACGCUUCCACAACCAGCGGCACAUUUGUGGCGGCAAGACAGAAAUGGAGAUGACAAAAAUUCUAAAAGACAACACAACCUUGUUGAAGCUGGGCUACCACUUUGAGCUUGCAGGGCCCAGAAUGACCAUGACCAAUAUACUAAGCCGCAACAUGGAUCGGCAGAGACAGAAACGUCUGCAGGAGCAGAAGCUUGCCCAGGCCAAUGGGGAAAAGAAGGGGGGGCUGGAGGUACCCAAGAUUGGUAGUGGCGGUGGGUCUCUCAGAGGCACUCCCAAGGCUUCUCCGAGACCCUCUCCCAUCCCCUCGCCCAUGGCAUCGCCAAAGCUCACUCCCAAGAGAGGUGGAGUAGGAGGAAGCCCUGGUCCACCGCCACCUCCACCUCCACCUCCACCUGGGGGUGGACCUCCGCCUCCCCCUCCACCCAUGCUAGACGUGGACUCCCUUAGGAACUCCCUGACACCAGUUUCACGGAGGAAGAUGGAUGCAAAGAGCCCAGGAGGUGGCAAAAACACAAGAGACCAACUCCUGGCCUCCAUCAGAGGAGGUGGUAAUGUCCAACUGAAAAAGGUUCCAGUGCCAAAGUGGUUGCAAUAAUUCCCAUUGGAAUUGACAGGCCACCAGAAGGGGAUGAUGCUGGUUGACAUCUGGCCACCAGCCUUCAAGAGGAUUCUAAAUAUGAACAUCCUCCAAUGCUGUCGUAACAUUUCUUUAUAUGUAAUUGAACCGUGGGAUACAUGGAGGCAGAGAAAGAAAGUCAAAUGGAUGGUAUGAAAAGAAAAGCCCUCACAAUGAUUUCCUCCCCUCUAACACUGGACCAAUACGAUGCUAGGGAGGAUGAGUGAUGCAGGGGUGACUUCAACUGCAGCAAGGGUCAAGAGUUUAUGGUUGCUUUUUUGUUUCUAUUCAUAUUUAUGCUUUACCUCUUAUUUGCACUUGAAUAUAUGAAGCCGAUCAUGUAUUAAAAUAAACAAAUGUGGAGGGAAUAAAGAAUGGCACAAGACUUACAAAUAGCUUAAUGAUUCAAUCUAUAAAAGCCAGCUAAUGAUAAACGGAGCAAUAAUUAGAUCUAAAUAUUUAUUUGUGGGAGAAAACUAUUUCAGAAUUUUUACUUGAAAUUCUGCACAAAUGUGGAAUUCUAGAAAGUAGAUCAGGGAAGAGAUAAAUGCAGAGCAGGUUUUUCUAACUAUUUGACAGGUUUAACAAUCUUACAGCGCCAGGGUAACCGUAUUGAUGGAAUGAAACAAGGUUUGUAGUGUGUCUCAAUGCCAAAUCUCAAAAUAUCUCAGGCAAUGUUCAACACAUUGGAUAACUGCCCAGUGGAUUCCUGGUCUAUUAUAACAGCUUGCAGGAUAGAAUUCGAGUUUUUAUCAGGAAGUAGAUUUUUUUUUAGCAUCCAAACUGAUGUCUGUAUUUUUUUAGGCUGGGAGAUUGAAUAUUGUAGAUACUUCUUGCAUAAAAUAAUGUGUUUAUCAAAGUCUUAUCUUGACUUAUGUCGUACUUAUAACAGAAUGUGCUUCUCAAACUGAUCUAAUGUUAUAUAAAUGGCGGUGAUGGCAAUGAAUGUA